CUCCUCCCCUCUGCCGUCCUAUCCCGACAUGGCGGCCCCUGCGGAACCCAGCGGGCUCACGGACGAGGCAGCGUACGCUGCCUGCUCGGAGCCAGAUGCCAGCACCAAGGAUUUUAUAUUUCAGCAGACAAUGUUAAGAGUAAAAGAUCCGAAGAAAUCAUUGGAUUUUUAUACAAGGAUACUUGGAAUGACACUGCUUCAAAAAUUUGAUUUUCCUACUAUGAAGUUCUCACUCUAUUUCCUGGGGUAUGAAGAUAAAAACGAUAUCCCAAAAGAGAAAGCUGAGAGAACACCCUGGACCUUCUCUAGAAAAGCUACACUUGAACUGACACACAACUGGGGCACUGAAAAUGAUGACAGUCAGUCUUACCACAAUGGCAACUCAGAUCCCCGAGGAUUUGGACACAUUGGAAUUGCUGUUCCUGAUGUCUAUAAAGCUUGUAAGAGAUUUGAAGAACUAGGAGUGAAAUUUGUGAAGAAACCGGAUGAUGGUAAAAUGAAAGGACUUGCAUUUGUUCAGGAUCCUGAUGGCUACUGGAUUGAAAUUUUGAAUCCUAACCACAUGGUGACUCUCACUUAGUUCCAGUGAAGUAUAUUGUAUAAAAGAGACCCAUUUUCAGACUCCUGGAGAAAAUCUGAAACAGUGUUUGUGAAAUUUGCUUAAUAGAGAAGAAUCAGUCACGUUCAGAGUCUCCUUCAAAACUAUCCCCUGGGACCUCACUUGGAUUCCUUUUCUCUUGUCCUGUGAUGUCACUGCAAAUUGUUUCCAGUUAGGAACACUCAAUCAUUUUCUGGAAGAGCACUUACACAGAUUCUCCUCUUGAACAUUGAUUAUGUUAAUAUUUCAAUAAACACUGUCAAAAGAUAAGUGACCAGAA